GGAGAGGUGCGCACGGGAAAGGGAUUAUUAUUGUUAUUGGUGUGAUGUUUGUGUGUGUGUUCGUGAUGAGAGACGUGCGCUGAGCCUCGUGGCUGAGGGGUUUUGAUUAUCAACAGACGCAAGCGUGACCCUUAUGAGUCCCGUUAGAGCGCAGGAUCACCGUGAACCUCUCUGAAGCGAGGCAGGUGAUCCGAGAGCGAGAGAGAGAGGGAGGGAGACGGAGAGGAAGAGACAGUGAGAGAGGGAGAGGGGGGAGAAAGAGAGAGAGAGAGGCGUGCGCCACACUGGUCGGGCUACUUUCCUGACGACACACCAACAACCGUCAACCUGUGGAUAGGGCGCGCACGGUGCUCUGCCGUCUCCUCCACUGCCACCCUCUCCCACCUGCCACCGAGCCCGACCCACGGACGGACAUCCAGGACGCAUGAACUGGGAGAGGGUGCCGGCUCGAUUCCCGAAAAGGAGAGCGGGGACCGAAAAGUUGAGGUGGUCGUGCGCCAUCCCCGCUUCAUGAAUGGCCGGAACAUGGAGGAGAUGCCAUUCGAAAGAGUCAAGACCCGGCGGAGGAAGGGUCACUGCCCGGCCGGUGCACCCCUGGGCGCCAUAUCCUGCGAGGACGAGUUCAACAGCCAGGAGCUGGAGGCUCUCUUCCAGAACUACAACCUGAAGCUGGAGCAGACCGCCACCCUCAAGGCGCUGGCGGUCCUCAUCGUGGCCGCGUCGUCGCUGUCCCUGAUGGAGCUGCUGUCCAGCCCGCGCCUCACCUUGUCCAAGGGCUCCUACCCGGUGCACUGCGUGGUGUUCCUGUCGCUGUUCAUCGUCACCAACGUCAAGUACCUACAGGUGACGCAGCUGCAGCAAAUAGCGAAGCUGGCCCUGCUCUUCAGCUUCACCUUUGCGCUGCUCUGCUGCCCGUUCCCGCUGGCGCUCGGCACGUCGGAGCUGGUGAACGCCGCUGCCCCCGAGCAAGGCGUGUGGCAGCUCAUGCUGGUCACCCUCGUGGCUUACGUGCUGCUGCCGGUGCGGACGCUGCUGGCCGUGCUGUUCGGGGUGAUGCUGGCUGCGUCCCACUUCAUUGUCAUAGCGACGUCCGUCACCGGGAGGAAGCAGAGGCUGUGGAGACCGCUGGUGGCCAACGCGGUGCUGUUCGCCAGCGUAAACUUGUCGGGGGUGUUUGUGAGGAUUCUCACCGAGCGCACCCAGAGGAAGGUCUUCCUGCAGGCCCGCAACUGCAUCGAGGAGCGGCUGAGGCUGGAGGAUGAAAACGAGAAGCAGGAGCGUCUGCUAAUGAGCCUGCUGCCCAGGAACGUUGCCAUGGAGAUGAAGGAGGACUUCCUGAAGCCGCCCGAGAGGAUCUUUCACAAGAUCUACAUCCAACGUCAUGACAAUGUCAGCAUCCUGUUCGCAGACAUCGUGGGUUUCACCAGCUUGGCUUCGCAGUGCACUGCUCAGGAACUGGUCAAGCUGCUCAACGAACUUUUUGGGAAGUUUGAUGAACUGGCUACAGAGAAUCACUGCAGGCGUAUAAAGAUUCUGGGCGACUGUUACUACUGCGUGUCGGGGCUGACGCAGCCCAAAGCGGACCACGCCCACUGCUGUGUGGAGAUGGGGCUGGAUAUGAUCGACACCAUCGCGUCGGUGGUGGAGGCGACAGAGGUGGACCUGAACAUGCGCGUGGGCCUCCACACAGGACGGGUGCUGUGCGGCGUGCUGGGCCUGAGGAAGUGGCAGUAUGACGUCUGGUCAAACGAUGUCACGCUGGCGAAUGUGAUGGAGGCUGGAGGGCUGCCUGGCAAGGUGCACAUCACAAGGACGACCCUGGAGUGUCUGAACGGCGACUACGAGGUGGAGCCGGGCUUCGGCCACGAGAGGCACGCCUUCCUGCAGAAGCACCACAUCGAGACGUUUUUCAUCGUGCCAUCGCACAGACGCAAAAUCUUUCCCGGUCUUAUCCUGUCCGAUAUCAAACCAGCCAAGAGGAUGAAGUUCAAGACCGUGUGCUAUCUGCUGGUGCAGCUCAUGCACUGCAGGAAGAUGUUCAAGGCCGAGAUCCCUUUCUCCAACGUCAUGACCUGCGAGGACGACGACAAGCGGAGAGCCCUGCGGACCGCGUCGGAGAAGCUGAGGAGUCGGACGUCCUUCUCGGCCACGGCCGUGCAGCACUCCCCAGGCACGCGAGUCAACCGCUACAUCGGGCGGCUCAUCGAGGCGCGGCAGACGGAGUCCGAGACAUCAGACCUCAACUACAUCACCCUGUUCUACAAGAGCAGAGACAGGGAGCGCAGGUACCACCAGGUGUACGACGACCAUUUCAUCAGUGCGGUGGUUCUCUCCUUGAUCCUCGCUGCUCUGUUUGGCCUUAUCUAUCUGCUAAUGAUCCCACAGGGGAUGCUGGUCCUGCUGCUGCUGGUCCUCUGUGUGUGUUUCCACGUGGCCUGCGUCAUGUACCUGCAUCUCACAAGCGUUCAGUGCCAACCGGGCUGCCUCACUAUCCAGAUCCGGACAGUGUUGUGUGUCUUCCUCGUUCUGCUCACCUAUUCUGUCACCCAGGCUUGUGUGGUGGGCUGUGUUCCUUGGGGGAUUGUCAGGACAAACUCCAGCGGCUCUUUGGACGACGUCCCCUCAGACCUCCUCGGAGUCGGACCCACCAACAGCACGGCGGUGGACAGGGCCUGCCCCAACAUGGCGUACGCCCUGCUGUCCUGCGUGGCCGGCACCCUCACCGUGGUCCCUUACCUCCGCGUCUCCUCCCUCCCCAAGAUCCUCCUGCUCCUCCUCCUCUCCGUGACCUACACGGUGGUGAUGGAGACCAGCGGCUACCGCCAAGCCGUGGGUGGCGGCUUUCUCCACACACGAGGCUACGACCCCGUGUUGGCGGUCCUGCUGUUUUCUGGAGCUCUGGCUCUUCACUCGAGACAACUGGACCUGAAGCUGCGACUCGACUACCUCUGGGCCACUCAGGCGGAGGAGGAGCGAGGCGACAUGGAGAAGGUGAAGCUGGACAACAAGAGGAUCCUGUUCAACCUGCUGCCGGCUCAUGUGGCUCAGCACUUCCUCAUGUCAAACCCCAGGAACAUGGACCUGUACUACCAGUCCUACGCUCAGGUCGGAGUGCUGUUCGCCUCCAUCGCCAACUUCAAUGACUUCUACAUCGAGCUGGACGGGAACAACAUGGGAGUGGAGUGUCUGAGGCUGCUCAAUGAGAUCAUCGCUGACUUUGAUGAGCUGAUGGACAAGGAGUGCUACAGGGACAUCGAGAAGAUCAAAACCAUCGGCAGCACAUACAUGGCUGCAGUAGGGCUGGUUCCUACGACUGCUUCCAAGGCGAAGAAGUCCAUCACCUCACAUUUAUGCACGGUGUCAGACUUUGCCAUCGAGAUGUUUGACGUCCUGGAUGCCAUCAACUACCAGUCCUACAACGACUUUGUCCUGAGAGUGGGUAUCAACGUGGGCCCAGUGGUGGCAGGAGUGAUUGGGGCCCGGAGGCCUCAGUACGACAUCUGGGGAAACACGGUGAAUGUAGCCAGCAGGAUGGACAGUACCGGAGUACAAGGAAAGAUACAGGUAACAGAGGACGUCUACCGCCUCAUCACCGACUACUACAACUUCGUGUGCCGGGGCCAGGUCAGCGUGAAGGGCAAAGGUCAGAUGCUCACCUACUUCCUGGAGGGGCGGCGACAACAAGCGGGCCGGCCGUGUCAAACUCUGCCCGGCAACGCCGAGCGUCGCUCCGGCGCGUUCGCCCACGGCAGCGUGUGCACCAGGCUGAGCCCCGCCCCCACCGUGGCCACCUACGCCGCCGUCAGGACCCCGAGCCCGAGCGCGGCCAAGCCCACCGCCUCCACCAGCACCACCAGGUACCUGCCCUCUGUUCCCACUGCAGUGGUGUGACGGAUGUUGUCUCCAUGGUGACCGUGGCAACAAGAUAGCUGUAGCGAAAAGGGAGCUUAACACAGAGGGGGAAAGUCCACUCUUCUUCUGCUGUCUGUGGGAGACAGACAACGGCCGAUCGUCCAGCCGGAGGUCUGAGGCGGCCUCGGCCCUCGACUCCCCCUCCACACCGGAGCCCUGUUUGUUGUUUGACGCCGGUGGGUGUCGUAAACAGGACACAGGAUGCUUUCGCCACGUUGCUCUACCGCCAAUCAAAAGGCCACGGAUGGAACCGUUAUCCACAAACACAAUGAACUGAAUCGAAAAAUAAAAACAUCCACAUCCAGAAUAUUCCUUUAACAACUUUAUCUGACCCCUUUUUGUCUCAGUAAAAAAAAACCAAACCAGUGCUGUUGCCUUAGCGACCACUCCUCACGACGAGUUUCUUGCCAUUUUUCUGUUGCCUUUCAUUGAGUUAUUGGACAACGAAUCACAGGAAAUAAUCACACCGGGGCCGUUGUUGUCCAAGAGUUUAUAAAGUGGAUGAAGCCAAAUGUAUAAUUGCAAAAAGGCAGCGGUCGGCGACAUGAAAUGCCAAACCGCGACAUGGCAUCGCCUUCGGUCAUUUCCUCCACUUCUGUCGGCACAUGAGCUGAAACUCUUCGCCCCCCUGAGCCGAGCUGCUCGGCGUCUUUAAGUGCAUGAUGCCGCCGCUGCUGCAUUUCGGUCACGUUUGCUGUCUGUUUCCCUGUGAUGCUUGACUUCCAGAUUCUUCCUUGUCAAAGUGUAGCAAUAACGCGGUUCGUCUCCUAUCUCAGCCCCCCCUCCCACCCUCCCUCCCUUUUUUUGCAUGCUGUAGCCGGCUGGAUUCUACUACUUUGAACCUGAUAGUGUUUGUAGCCAGUAGAGUGUGCAUAGCUAGCCACACCAAGUCUGUAUCUCUGUGGAGUUGAAGCAUGACUUAGAAAACCUUUUUUUUUUUUUAGUUUUUUUUUUUUUUCUUUUUUUUCUGCGUGCUUGUUUAUGAAAAAAAUAUUUUCUAUUGUUCAGAUAUUCCGUUUGACUAUUUUUAUGAACUAAAUCGCUGCUUCGGAGAAAGAACACUUUGUGAGGAGACACCCAAACCUCUGUGUCUGGCUUCCUCAUGCAAAAAACCCAGAUGAUUUAUUUUAUGGUAUAGCAUGCUACUCGCAGUACGGCUUACCACAGCCAUUAACUCUCCUCUAAUCUGUUGGAGCAUGCACUGCCUGCAAGCCUGCGGCUCCUACAUGCAUGCUUUGAUGAGACACUGAUGCAGGCCCGAGCAGCGGACACACUCUGUUUUUUCGACGUCGUCCUCAUGCAUGCGCUAACGGUAGCGGUCCUCUUGAAUGUAAGGUGCUUUUUUGACCCGUGUCUUCUUCAUGAGCUUGGUGUGCGCGCGGACUUUUCUGAGGACGUAUUUUUCAGGAUAGAUAGACAUCAGGCCGGGUAGGGAGGGAUGGUGUGUGUAGGGGGAGUUAUUUCUCCUCCUUCUUCUCGUCCCUGCUCCUGCUGUAGUCAACAGGUAGCUGGUCUUCAAAUGUGCCAACCUAUUUUCACAAACAUAUCAAACUUUUUUCGUGUCGAGCUGUAGCACAACUGAAUGCGUGGCUACGGUCGCCGUGGGUUUUUCCUUAUGUUGAAUGCCUGUAUUUUUACUGUUUCCUCCACGGUUUUGUAACUCUAAGCGAUGGCUAAGUGUUGAUUUUUUGGAGAGAUUUACUCGGACACUGUAACCUGUCGUACUUCUUAUGAUAUUUGAAAUCGAUUUCAAAUCUAUAUCGUAGCUCGGACGCUUUCUUUGAGUUUCUAAGAGGUUUAAAAAUGAGGAUUUUUAUACACUUGCUUUAAAAACUGUCCAUGGACAAGUUGAUGGAAAGGAGUUGUGUACAAUAUUUUUCCUGUAAAUUGGAUAUUUUCUUACUGUAUGAUACGGGUUUCAAUUGUUAUAUGUGGGUAUUACAAGCUAUUAUUGAGUCUUUUUUCAGAGAUAUAUAUAUAUAUAUAUAUAUAUAAAACGAAUGAUCUGAUAUUUGUCAAGUUCUUUUGUUGAAGAUGUAUUUAUGGAGAUGUUUUAUGUGAAUGUACAUUUUGUUAAAGACGAUAUUUUAUACUAUAAGUGUUUGCACUGCGAUGAUAUGGACGUAUUAUGAAAAUAAAGCCGGCGGGGACGUGCCCCCGGGAGCAAGA